AUGUCUUUUGGCUUCUCGAUAGGGGAUAUUAUCCUCCUUGGCCAAUUAACGUACGAGCUUUAUUCGAGCCUUAGCUCUGGGCGACAGGCGGCAUCGCGAGAUUUGAAAGAGCUUGAGGAAGUGCUGUUUAGUCUAAAAUGCGCCCUAGACCACCUUAAAGAGGCCUCCAGCGAUGUACUCGCAAGACCAGGCGUUCAACAUGGAGGAUCAGGGCUCAAAGAGAAGCUGGAUGUUAUGAUCGGAUCAUGCGCUUCAACACUGCAAGAGCUGGAUAAGGUGACGAAGAAGCACCGUGACGUCGAGAUACAUGCAAACAAGGGAAAGACAAAGUUGCGCACGCUGGAUGACGUCAAGAGGAGUAUUCAUGUCAACUGGCAGAGAGUGCGAUGGGACCGCGAGAAGCUGUCGUUACAGCAGUAUCGGGAAAAAUUGAAGUCGCAUACUGAUGCGAUAAAUUUGAUGUUGACCUCGAUAAUCUGGGCAAAUACUGCGUUCGCGAACGCUGAUAGCAAAAAGAACCACGAUGUAACGCACUUGUUGUUAGACAACGUAUUGCGCAAUCCAGUUGCAGAUCCUGAAAUCCGAAGCAUGGUAGAGGAGAUGCACGCCGUGCUUACCAAAUCGCCUGCCAGGGCGCAGCAAGAUCAUAUGGAAGCGAUAGGGCGUACUGGAUCGUCUCCUAACGAGGUCGAUGGUCACGGUGCAGAGCACAGAACCACCUCAUGA